CAUCACUCGGUACCGAAGCUGGUGAUGGCGAAGGCAUGGGGAACAAACAGACCAUCUUCACCCCCCAGCAGCUAGACGCUUAUCAGGACUGUACGUUUUUCACCAGGAAGGAAAUUUUACGGCUGUUCUACCGUUACCACAACCUGGCACCCCAGCUGGUCCCCCUGGACUACACCGGCAAGCCAGAUGUGAAGCUGCCGUACGAGCUGAUUGGAAGCAUGCCGGAGCUGAAGGACAACCCAUUCCGGCAGAGGAUAGCCCAAGUUUUCUCGGAGGAUGGCGAGGGCAACAUGACCUUGGACGACUUCCUGGACAUGUUCUCUGCGCUGAGCGAAAUGGCCCCACGCGACCUCAAGGCCUACUAUGCCUUUAAGAUCUACGACUUCAACGACGACGACUACAUCUGCAAGUCAGACCUGGAGAAGACGCUGAACAAGCUGACUCGCAACGAGCUGACCGAGGAUGAGGUGAGCAUGGUGUGCGAGAAGGUGAUCGACGAGGCCGACCUGGACAACGACGGGCGCCUCUCGCUGGAGGACUUCCAGCACAUGAUCGUCCGUGCCCCCGACUUCCUCAGCACGUUCCAUAUCCGGAUCUGAGGGACACAGCAGGAGGAUCAGGAUGGGGAAAAGAUGAGAUGUUGCCACAGGACCAUUAAGGAAGGCAUUUCUGCUGGGUCUUCAGUGCCUGGAAGCCUGUCCAUGAUUGAUGUUUCAGAUCCUUCAGAAUUACUGAAAGUACUCUGACGCCUGAUCCCGGGUGACAGCGAUAUCGAUGUUACCGCUGAGGAGCUCAUUCUUCAGAGGAAUGUUUAUCCCCAUCAUAUUACAGGGGUUACUAUA